AGGGGGCGGAACCCAGCCAGCGGGCGAUUUCCCGGACCCGCCCCCCGAAGGCUCGGGAAAGCUAAAGCGUGGCAGGGGCAGGACCAGGGAAGCGGAGGAGGCGGGUCUCCAUAGAAACCUCCACCUGUUUCCGGCCAGGCUGAGAGAGAUUAGGGGCUGCUGCGGGGGCCAAUCUCAGCCAGCUCGCUUCUUCCCGGCGGCCUCUGCGGGAGCGGUGGGUGUUGUACACAAUCAUCAUGGCGGCGGCCGGAGCCCCGGAUGGCAUGGAGGAACCUGGCAUGGACACGGAGGCCGAGACCGUGGCCACCGAGGCGCCCGCGCGGCCCCUCAACUGCAUGGAGGCCGAGGCCGCGGCGGGGGCGGCGGCGGCCGAGGAUUCCUGCGACGCGCGAGGCAGUCUGCAGCCGGCCCCGGCCCAGCCCCCUGGGGACCCCGUGGCGCAGGCCUCGGUCAGCAACGGCGAGGACGCGGGCGGCGGCGCGGGCAGGGAGCUGGUGGACCUGAAGAUCAUCUGGAACAAGACCAAGCACGACGUGAGGGUGCCUCUGGACAGCACGGGCUCCGAGCUGAAGCAGAAGAUCCACUCGAUUACAGGUCUCCCGCCUGCCAUGCAGAAGGUCAUGUAUAAGGGACUUGUCCCUGAAGAUAAGACGUUGAGAGAAAUAAAAGUGACCAGUGGAGCCAAGAUCAUGGUGGUUGGCUCUACGAUAAAUGAUGUCUUAGCAGUAAACACACCCAAAGAUGCUGCACAGCAGGACGCCAAGGCCGAAGAGAACAAGAAGGAGCCUCUCUGUAGGCAGAAACAACACAGGAAGGUGCUGGAUAAAGGGAAACCUGAAGACGUCAUGCCGUCUGUCAAGGGGGCCCAGGAGCGCCUGCCAACGGUACCCUUGUCCGGCAUGUAUAACAAAUCUGGAGGAAAAGUGAGACUCACCUUUAAGCUCGAACAAGACCAGCUGUGGAUUGGCACUAAAGAGCGAACUGAGAAACUGCCCAUGGGCUCCAUUAAAAAUGUGGUCAGUGAACCUAUUGAAGGACACGAGGACUACCACAUGAUGGCGUUUCAGUUGGGCCCCACGGAAGCCUCUUACUACUGGGUGUACUGGGUUCCAACUCAAUAUGUGGAUGCAAUCAAAGACACUGUGCUGGGCAAAUGGCAGUAUUUUUGAAAGCACUUUCACCUCUGGCCCAGGAGACUGACCCAAAGUGAAGGACAUUGCUGGAGAGGCCUGCAGCAGCCCUGGAUUUCAGAGUUCUGGAACUUUGUUCACACACACAAAUCUCGAUUCAGUCUGAGGUGAUGUGGUGACUGAAGCCAGAGGUGAUGUACUUUCACCAUUAGCUUAAUUUUAACUUAAAAUCACCGAUUCCCUUUCUUGCAGUCAGCUUCAUACCAUUUUUAAAGUCAGUAUGGUGGAAAUCAAUAAAUCUGAAUUCCGAACAUGUUGUGUGGAAUACUCUUAAGUCUGUUUGAGAGUAGAUCUGCCAAUUAUGUUGAGAAGGAAAUGAUGAAAAGCUUUCUGGGUUUUGUUUUUGUUUUUGUCUUUUUUAAAAAAAAUGAUUUCAGCUGAAAUAUUUUCAUAAAUCUUUGGUUGCAAACAUUUGGACUGCAUUGUGAUGAGUUGGGGUAUUUUUUUCUUUUUCCUUGGUAUAAAAUUGUAUGCAAAAUGUUGUGGGGGGUUAGUAAGCCAUUUUUUCUGUUGAUUGAUUGAUUGAGAUUUCUUUCCUUUUUUAAUUUUCUCACUUCCCUAGGUUUGAGUUUUGGUUUUAAAAACCCAAAGAUGUCAGUUCCUCUUUUGGUACCUCAUCCACGCUUCCUUUCCUGGGCUCUCUCCCACGUGCUGCUGCUGCUUGGAAUGCACAUGGGAGACGGGAGCUGCUGGGUCAUGGUCAGGGAGCCCUCACCCUUGCUGUGGUGGUGUUGAGCAGCAGAGUAUCUCACAAGUGACUCCUGUCUAAACGUCUUGCCCUUCGGGCCCCGACUUGUGGGGCUUUCCGUUGCCUGUUCAGCGGUCGCGGGCAGCCCUCGCUGAGCGGGGCUUUGAGGCCCAGCCUGGCCUGGUUGUGCCUAGGCUGGGCUCCUCCAAAGCCCCAGUUUGGUGAAGGAGCCAGGUGGAAGAUAGUUUGUGCAGCCAUAUAGCCACAGAUCCAGAGACCUUCUUUCUUUGGAAGUUUUCAAGAAAUUCUUAAGCAGUCCAAUGAUUAUUUCAAUUAUGCUUCUCCAUUUGGUCCUUCUGCUCAUGCAUUAAGUUCAAGUGUCCUUUAUCCCAGGUUCAGAGAUGCUGCCUUUCUCAGUAAGAAGACACCUGACCUAGCGGGUUGGCCAGUGGUGUUUGAACAGUGAAAUGGGAUAAAUUGCUUUCAUGAUCAGCUCUCCUCUGGUUUCAGCCCUUAUGUUCUUCGUACAUGUACAUUUCUGUCAUCUCCUAUGGCUUGAUUGACUCUGAAAUGAGGGACAGUCUCUUGGUGGAUGACACCCUCUGUGCUGUUUGCUGUAUCUCUGCUGCUGUCUCUGCAAUUCUCCUCUCUCUGGUUGCAGGCUCUCAUAGUAAGGUCUGGCAAGAAAUCUUCCCAACUUCACACUUUGGAUUCUAAGCUGUUCCCCCUCAUUCUGUGAAAUGUAUUAGCAUGUGUUUGCCUAAGAUGACUAUUCCUUGUGAGCCAGUUACCGACGAUAUUCUACGCCCUUCCCUUCUAAGCUGUAGUUCAGGAAUCUACAUAGACAGACUCUUGCUUUUCGUGGUGUAGUCAGUGCCAAGUUACGCAUCUGGGCAGGAAAACCUACUCUUCGCUUUUUGGGGGCAUAAGGUAUGGAUGUGAAGUGCAGCGUCCAAGAACCUGCCUGUUUGCCAUCGCUUGGAAAAGGAGCAGUAACUGCAGCUCUUGUCCCUGUUGGCAGUCGCCGGGGAAAGGAGUGCACCUUUGCUGCUUGUCCCAGCCACCUCCUGUGGUUGACAGGGCUACAGGGGAAGUGAUCAGGUAGCAAGCAGAGCAUCCUCUGGGUUUAAGUACUGCCCUUUGUUUGCUGAUGUCCCCAUCCUUGAGACUUGUCUGACAGUGCCAUGUGCCCAGUUUUGGUCUUUUUGUCCCCAGAGUGGCUCUGAGACCCCUCCCACCAGCCCCUCCUCUGCCCCCACCCUCCUCCCUCGCAGCCAGAGCGAGUGUGCCAUUGUCCCCCUGCUGCCCCAGGGCCAGAUUGCUUCUCACUCAGGCUGGUGUCAUUUCAAGAGGACCAAAGCCUGCGUGAGCCUUUUUAUUUUCAGUAAAAUGGUGCUUAUUUCCUUACUUCAAGAUAUUAUAUAUAAAUAAUGACGUAAAUGACACCUUUUCGUGUGGAGCUCUUGAGUUCUGCUUCACGGAGCUCCCUUAAUCUGUCGUCACAGUCCUGAGCUCUGCAGGAGACCUGGCUGGAAGCCCUCGGGAGAGCAGAGGAGGACAGCACCAAGGCCCCUGGGGGAAGUGUUAGAGACCCACCUCUGGGUCCCAGCAGUCCUCACUGUUUUGUCACUCAGUCCCGUGAGCAGUCUCUUUAUCCAUCGCUUACAUCUGCCUAAAUCCGUGUGAGCAAAGCCAAGUGCUCCCCCCUUUAGGUAGCAACACAGUGUUUUGUUUUUCCCUCAGGAUUAUUUCUGUACAAUUCCUUCACUGUCAGGUCUGAGGGGACCAGAACUUUCCCUCCCUGUGGAAGGGGGCAUGCAGGUGGAUAAAGGAAGAGCUGACUCCAGAGAGGGCUUCUGAGGGCGUCACCUUAAGCUUGAGAUGGAGAGGUCCUGCCCUGGGGUCUGUCAUCUCAGUGCCACCCAGGGGGCUUCUUUGCUGUCCAGACUUGGUAAAGCAGUCCUCCUCCAGAUCUCCACUCGCGGACAUCAUGCCUUUCUUUUCCUCCCUGAGGAGACUUGGCAGAGUGAGGCAGCCUCGGAGCCCUGCUGAGCCCCCAUCAGACCCUUUCCAGUCAGCCUGGUCAGAGGACUUAGACUGUGAGUUGCUGGAGCUCUUUGGUGGAAAGUAUUUUAAUCCAUGAUGGGUCUUUUGCAAGUGGCGUUUGCUCUUUUUAAAUGAAGUUUAACUGAGGAUGCACUUUCUUAUAAUCUUGUGGACAUGGUCGGGACCAGGCGAGGCCCUCAGUAGGCUCCUUAGUUGCUGCUUUACCUUAGGAGGGCCAAAGAGGUUGACUCUGCUCCCUUGCCACGCCUCAGAAAGGUCGCCAUAUUUCACCCAGAAGGGACGCGUUUUCCUCCUCCUCUUUAACCAUGUGCCUGGAGGAGCCAUGCUGGGCUCUUGCCUUUGGCCCACCCUUUCUUUGCCAGGGGCCGAGAAGGAGAGGGGUUAGACCUGGAGUCCCAAGGGCAGGCUUUCUUCCACCCAUCUGCUGAGGGACCUCUCUCGCUCCUUGCCUCUGUUCAUGCCUGUUGUCUUGGAAGAAGAUGGUCCCUGUGUCUUAAGGCUUGUGGUGAAGUCGUCUGCAGUUAGGGUCGGCACCUGUUUCCUUCUUCCCCGCCGGCAGCCUUUCUGAAGUCACAGGUGGUCUGGAGCCCGUGAUGUGCAAAACACCUGGUCGGUUACCUGCCGGCGAGUGCUUGAGUGCUUCUACUGCUUUCUCAGUCUGAGAACCUUUCUCUUCUUUGUUAAAGAGCUCUGCAGAGUUAUUGGACAAUAUGUGUAAGUACCAUGUUUCCUUGUGGCGUACGCUCUGUUCUGGUUUGUUUUGAAAUCAAAUGCCUGUUUGGGAGGAGAUGAACGUAUUUAGUCUAUUAGAUUUGCGCUGCUGGAUUUUUUUUUUUUUUUAAAGUGUAACCUUGACUAGCUGUCUUAUUGUUUAUUCUGUAAGAUUAGUCUAUCAAUUAAAGUUUGAUAAUUAA